AUGGUUUACCAAGCUCUCACACGGCACCCCAAUGGCAAACGCCUCCUCGCUCUCGAUGGAGGUGGUGUUCGAGGAAUAAUGGGUCUCGUAAUCCUCAAAGAGCUCAUGAGCCGUGUCCAAGAACGGAAACGUCUGGCCGAGAUUCCUCGCCCAGCCGAUUACUUCGAACUUGCUGGCGGCACAAGCACUGGUGGUAUCAUGGGUAUCAUGCUAUUUCGACUACGCAUGACCGUGGAUGAUACUAUCAAAGAGUAUGACAGAAUUGCCAAGACCAUCUUCAGCCCCAAGUUCUGGGGUAGGGAUGUUAGCUGGAUACCUGGUUCGAGGAUCUUCAACAACAGCAAAGCCUUGGUUCAGGACAGUCGCUUUGAUGCCGCGUCUAUGAGCAAAGCUAUCGAUGAGGUCGUCGAGAAGUAUGGUCUAGAUGAGAACGACAAGAAGCUCAAAGGAAAUGCGCCUCUUCAGCAUGACGGAGGUGCACGAAUGUUCUGCUGCACCACUGCUCAAAACAGAGCCGAGUCCAUGUUGAUGCGAUCUUAUAAAGAUAGCACAAUCUAUACCAAAUCCAAAGCCAACAACGCUCUUCUCAAACACGGUAACAAGCUCACCAUCAGCAUCGCUGCUCGUGCUACAUCUGCCGCACCUACCUUUUCCCCGAAGUCAAGUUUCCUGAGGACAACCCUGACCUUCCGCUUCGAGCUCGUGGAACCUUCAGAACCAGCACCUCCGAUCUCAUGUGUUAUCAGUCUGGGCACAGGCUAUGUAAGUCCAGGCAAGGCCAAGCCAUCAUGGAUCAAGGUUGUUGGCGUCGCAUCAAAGGUGAUGGACUUUGCGACAAACACCAACGCCAAGGGCAAAGACUUUUCGAGACAUAUGAAGCAUUUGAAUGCGAGGGAGGAACAUAAGGAUACAAAGUAUAUCCGUUUCAACCCGUACUUGAAGGAAGAAAUUGGUUUGGAUGACUACACAAGGAUGGAGGAGCUAAAGGAGCUUGCAAGGAGUACAAUGGCUAAUGAGAGUGAGAUGAACCAGUACUGGAUUAACCAGGCCGUCGAUGCGAUCUGCGAUACGAAGUAG